UUUUGGUGAGAUUUAAUUUCAGCCGUUAGAUCCACUCCCCACAUCAACUUCUCCUCCAAACUCUUGCAAAAUCCCCCAUAUUUCUCAGCUCUGCACAACUACAACCAAAAAAACAAAAAACAAAAGACACAUCUUUCUCUGGGAAUUGAUUGAUUGAUUGAUUGCUUUAUUCAUUGAUUGAGUGUAUAUGUCGUGGUGAAGAGGAGUGGUGGUGGAUUGGAUGGGAUAUGGCGGAACCACCUUCGUCACCGCUCUCGGAAAAGAACAAAUUCUGGAAAGGGGUUUUCGCUGUUGGAGGGAUCAUGUCCACUCUUAUUAUCUACGGUGUCUUACAGGAAAAGAUCAUGAGAGUUCCAUAUGGAGAAAAGAAAGAAUAUUUUAAAUACUCAUUAUUUCUUGUUUUCUGCAAUCGUCUUACAACUUCCGCAGUCUCUGCAGGCGCUUUGCUGGCAAGUAAGAAAGCAUUGAACCCUGUUGCUCCACUUUAUAAGUAUUGCCUCGUAUCAGUAACAAACAUAUUAACAACAACAUGCCAGUAUGAGGCACUUAAAUAUGUCAGCUUUCCUGUUCAGACACUCGCAAAAUGUGCCAAAAUGAUACCUGUGAUGCUUUGGAGCACAGUCAUCAUGCAAAAGGUAUACAGGGCGCGCGACUAUUUACUAGCUUUUCUAGUGAUGCUUGGUUGUGCAUUAUUCAUCCUAUACCCGGCAGCAGGUGAUAUAAGUCCAUAUAAUAGAGGAAGGGAAAGCACAGUUUGGGGUGUUUCGCUGAUGGUUGGUUAUCUUGGGUUUGAUGGAUUUACAAGCACAUUCCAGGAUAAACUAUUUAAAGGCUAUGAUAUGGAAAUACACAAUCAAAUAUUUUACACAACAUUGUGUUCUUGUAUACUCAGCUUGACUGGUCUAAUAUUACAAGGGCAUCUCCUUAUGGCAAUAGAUUUUGUUGCUAGCCAUCAUGAUUGUUUUUUGGACAUUGCACUGCUAUCCACCGUAGCAACCGCUAGUCAGUUUUUCAUUUCUUACACAAUUCGUACAUUUGGUGCACUAACGUUUGCUACCAUAAUGACCACAAGACAGUUGGCGAGCAUUCUGCUGUCGUGCAUUUGGUUUGCUCAUCCCCUCAGCUGGGAACAGUGCAUUGGAGCUGUUAUUGUUUUUGGUGCCCUUUAUGCGAAAAGCUUUUUGAGAAAUAAAUCUCAGAAACCUUUGCAUCCAGAACGUUUGGAAAACUUGGAAAACAGGGAAUCAAUUCCUCUGAAGGGGAACCCCUGAGUUGGGAUGUUCUUGGCUUGCACACGUUGGUGUUUGUCUUAUUGAUCAUGGAUAUAUUUGCCAGUAUGAAGAAGCUGUGAUGGUUUUGAUGGGAGUGAUUUUGUCCUCCUCCAAACUGAAAUGGCAUGCUAUUUGGAUUCUUCAAAGUGGGAAGGAUACUCCUGUCCCGAAAGCUAACCAUAGAUUUUAUGACCCCUUCUGUCCCGGUUUUCUGGAGGGAUGUCAAGCUAUGUACUAACUAAAGCAACAAAGAUCUGUUUUGUUUGUUUUUUGUGUUGUUUUUUUUUUUUGGGUCUUCAUUUUGUUUAAUUUUGAUUUUGUUUUGCUUUGUUUUUCCAUUCAAAUAUAUAUAAGAAAUCGUAUAAUAGGAGCUUUUGUAAAUUGACUUUGACAGAACAGAUUAAGAAAUGAUUUGUUCAUGUCAUGGUCUGAUACCAUUUUCUUGUUUCUUCUGAACGAGUAUGAGCAUCCAUUAGGCUGGCUAUUAUGUUUUUGGGA